CCCUUGGGAAGUACAAGUCGGUAACGUAUAGGGACGGUCCCUACCCAACAACGGGAUCCCAGUCUAGAAGAUUCACACAAAAAGGAUGCGUGGGGAGCAGCUUUCAUUACAGUUUUGUGUUCCCAUUCAAGUUUGAAAUCGAAAAGCCUGCGGCUCCUGCAAGAUGACUACUCGGACCAAUAAAUGUUUGGCUGUUAAAUAACUUUCUAAAUCAAAGAAUGCCCACAACCGCGUGCUAGGUCCUUCCCUAAAAGAGCAACUGCAUUUUGAAGGGGCGGGAAUGAAAGAUGGGGCCUUGUGGGUUGGAUUUCGGUCCUCCCUGGUAGGGGGUGCUGAGCAUAAGGCGUUUUGUGCUGGAGGAAUUUUUUUUCUUGCAUGAUCUUUGGGGGUUCGAGUUGAGAAAAUUUUUCUGCGAAUCGUCAGCGUGGGUUCAGAAAUCACGGCACCUUGCUACGAUGUGGGCAGCCGUUUCCCCGGCGGAUCGUUUUUCGGACCCUUUACCCCUCGCCGAAUAUUUGCAUUGACUCGACAGUACUUUCCAACGAAAGCAUUCACUUAGGAAAAGAAAGACCUGUAAAACUCGUGUCCCACCCUGCCUACCAGUCGCCAAUUGAUGCGGCAAAGCGUUUCAAACUGUUGGAGACUUCCAGAGCCCUGCCGGAAGGUCCCUCCCUGGGGUGCGACUUGGCAUUUUCGGACUGGUGGAUCUGGAAAGAAACCGGCAAGCCUGCUUACUCCAGAGGUAAAGGAAGCAAGUUGAAGCUGCAGAAGCGUGCGUGACAGAACCAUGUCUGUUCGGGAGUCCUUUAACCCAGAAAGUUACGAAUUGGACAAGAGUUUCCGGCUAACCCGCUUCACGGAGCUGAAGGGCACAGGCUGCAAGGUACCCCAGGACGUAUUGCAGAAACUGCUGGAGUCACUGCAGGAGAAUCACUUCCAGGAAGAUGAACAGUUUUUGGGGGCAGUUAUGCCCAGACUGGGCAUUGGGAUGGACACAUGUGUUAUUCCUUUGAGACAUGGAGGUCUUUCCUUGGUGCAGACCACAGAUUACAUAUACCCCAUUGUGGACGACCCUUACAUGAUGGGCCGGAUAGCCUGUGCCAAUGUCCUAAGUGACCUUUAUGCCAUGGGGGUUACUGAAUGCGAUAACAUGCUCAUGCUCCUUGGAAUCAGUAACAAGAUGACAGACAGGGAAAGGGAUAAAGUGAUGCCCCUGAUUAUCCAGGGUUUUAAAGAUGCAGCUGAAGAGGCUGGGACGUCAGUGACUGGUGGGCAGACGGUGCUGAAUCCGUGGAUUGUCCUGGGAGGGGUGGCCACUACAGUCUGCCAGCCCAACGAAUUCAUCAUGCCGGACAAUGCAGUUCCGGGAGAUGUGCUCGUGCUAACUAAACCCCUGGGAACCCAAGUGGCGGUAGCGGUGCACCAGUGGUUGGACAUUCCUGAGAAAUGGAAUAAGAUCAAACUGGUGGUAACUCAGGAAGAUGUGGAGUUGGCAUAUCAAGAAGCAAUGAUGAAUAUGGCAAGACUCAACCGAACAGCGGCUGGACUCAUGCACACAUUUAAUGCCCACGCGGCCACGGACAUUACGGGGUUUGGAAUCUUAGGCCACGCGCAGAACCUGGCCAAGCAGCAGAGGAACGAAGUGUCCUUUGUAAUUCACAAUCUGCCCGUGCUGGCCAAGAUGGCCGCCGUCAGCAAGGCCUGUGGAAAUAUGUUCGGCCUCAUGCACGGGACCUGCCCGGAGACGUCAGGAGGCCUUCUAAUCUGCCUACCCCGCGAGCAGGCGGCCCGCUUCUGUGCAGAGAUCAAGUCCCCCAAGUACGGCGAAGGCCACCAAGCAUGGAUUAUUGGGAUUGUAGAGAAAGGCAACCGCACGGCAAGGAUCAUAGACAAGCCCCGGAUCAUCGAAGUCGCACCGCAAGUAGCCACCCAGAACGUGAACCCCACGCCCGGGGCCACCUCCUAAUCCAGACCAACACUGCUGGGCCGUUUCUGUUUUUUAAAUCGGUUUAUUCCUUUGUCGCCAUUACAAUUAAAGACUGUAAACCCAGAUCUUGUGUCUCCACCCGUGGUGGCCUCGGGCCAGCCAGUGAGUGGUUGCAAUUAGUAAAAGAAAAUCCAUUGCCUUUUUUUCCUGUUACAUUAACUGAAGAUGCACCUAAUCUUGAGGCAGCUUCUGAGUUGAGAAUGAUAUUGUUAUCCAAUACUGUUGAUUCAUUUUGAAUCUUUAGACACUUAUCUCUCGCCGCAUAGGCUCUUUUUUAAAGGUGCUUUCACAUAGCACAGACAUUACCAGUAGUAGUGUCAAAUAGCUGUUCGUGUCUUUUCAUUAUAUGUAUAUUUAUCAUGGUAAGUCUACUCAUCCUUCGACGCCUUGAAUGAUAUUCUGGACAGGCAAUAAAUUGGUAGUUGACACGCAGCGGGUAUACCCAGUCAGAGGAGGUUUGCAUGAUUCCUUUCCGUCUUUGAUUUGUAACGUUUCGUCUUAUGAUCCGAGAGCAUCUCUUCGAGCCUGGACACGUCUUAGCCACUUCCUCGGCGAUGCAAGGCCCAAGUGCUUAACUCUGCAUGAAAAGCACUUCAAAGUGGAAGGAGACAUUUUCAUUUCCUUAUUUGUAGACUUUAUAAGAUUUACGGUGAUAUCAGUAAUUGUUUUGUUUUAUUGAAAGCAAAAAGGAAUUAUUGAUUUUUGCCACGUGAUUGGAUGUGCUCUAGUGCCGCAAGGGGUUGCCGACCAAGAGGGGGUUCAUGUAUAGAAUUCAUUUACAAUUCACUAUAUAAUUACACAGAUAAUUUUUAAAUAUAAUCAAUAAUAAAAAGACUGUUCUGUGGAUGGUAGUGUUUAAUACAUUUUAUAUUUUGUAUAGUGAUUACAAGCCUUUGUUCUCUUAAAAUCAGCAGCUACUUAGCAUAAUUCUUAGAGUUAUUUUGUCUUUUGCUCCAAUACAUUUUUUGUGCACGCUUUUUGUGAUCUGUGUUAAAAACCUACAUUGCCAACAUUGCAGCUUGAACCUAAACUUGUUAUUCAAAUAAAUAUUUAAUUUUUUUUAUUGCUCUUGUA